AUGGGCUGGCUGUCACUCCUGAGGCAGGGCUGGGACAGGGCGCGCUUCGAGAGGGGGAAAACAAGGUCUUAUGGUGCCUGCUCUCCGCUCGUCCUCGCACUCCUCCUCGGGCGUGGUGUGCCUGUGUGUCCAACCGUCUACAGAGCGGAUGGGGUCCAGCUGCAGGAGCUGUCACUCACUUUGGCGGGAGAUGGCAUCAGGAUGUUCAGAGGACACCCAGCACCUUUCUGGCACAGUGCAGAUAAGAGCGCUGCGAGCCCAGGUGUGGCGUGCUCUGUGUGCUCUGGCCACUGCGAGGCUAUGAGAAUCAGUGCAAAACGCAAGCAUGGAUAG